AUGAACUCUUAUCCUCCAGAACUCCUUGCCCAGCUGGCGCCUGUGAUGUUCGCGACGGGGUUGGACGCGCCAAAUGCAUCUCCUCAGGAUCCUUUCUCCGUUCUGGCAAGUAGAUUACGAGAAGCCUUGCUCGCCCAACGAAAGGUCGCUGUCUGGCAACCUGAGAAAACGAAGACAUUUCAAGUCAUUGUAGUCGACAAGGAAGCUAGAUUCCCUCCUCGAAAGACGGUACCCCUUGAGGAUCCCCAAUAUUCGGCUGCUCAUUCACCUCUAUCACCUCUGACACCAACUUCGCCCUUGCAUCCAGACGGACUCAUCGCGCCGAUAUGGGUGAGAAAACACACUACGAUGAUUCCGUCGGUGUUUGUCAUGUUUCUGCGGCUGUACGAGUCCCCAGUACACAACCCGAAAUCACCUCUGGACCCCCCAGACUUCGAUCGAGAACGCGAACGCGAGCAGGAGGAGCGACGGCGGGACGCAGAACUAUCCGCAGAGGUGGCUCUGCGCAAGAAGACCACGAACGAGCGUGGAAUCAAACUCACCGUUGUACUAAUGGCGACGAGGCGGAUGUUAGAUGACCCAGCGUUAGACCAUCGGUUGACCUAUAUACGAAGACAAAGCGGUCUUGACUCGCGUGCUGCCUUGUUCGUGCUGAGCCCGGUGAGCCCCGCCGAGUUGGGUGACUUCAUUACCAGCCUCCAGCAGGCAUUGUAUGAGCCUGCUUUGGAAUACUACACCACGCAUUCCAAACGGGUGAGAAGGAAACGCAAUCGUCACUCGCAUACUAUCUCUUCAUAUCCCAAUCCAGUCUCUCCCAUUGGAAAUAUUAAUCUACCGCGUCCGCUGCGUUCAGAAGGAUGGACCGUCCGAUAUGAAUACAAAAUGGCGUGUUUCGCAGAGUUUAGAGGGGAAGAUGAAGUUGCUCUUAAACACUACCAAGAUGCGUACGACAUGCUCGUAAUCAUGUUUGGAUCAACUGUUAUUCUCCCUCCACGAACGAAGAGAUGGGCAGAGGCGAAGGUCUUGUCUGAUUGUAUCAACAUCAAGAUCACGAAGCUCUACCUGUACAACAACGAGCAUGCCUUAGCAUUGUCCCAUCACACUACUCACAUGCGGAAAUUUGGGGACUUCUCUAGGGGCUGGGGUAUAGGCGAAGAGACGUUUGAAUACUGGAGCUGGAUGGCGAGACAGCAUCGUGUAUUAGCCGAGCUUCUCGAACAAGGAACGCGGACCACACUCGCCAUUCCUGUACACAAGCCUGCUCCGCCACCCUCCACCGCAGCUUUAGCAGCAUCUCAGCUUCAAUCAUCCGUGACGACCAUCAGGGGCGUCGAGUACGAUGCCUUGAGGUCACUGGGUCUCAAUCCGAGUCACGCAUUGCAACAUCCCGGAUUUUAUUAUUACAUGGCAGCGAAAUGCACGGAGCUGAGGCGAGAUAAGUUCCAAAUAGCUCUUGAAGCAGAGCUGAACCAGCAGUUGACUGCCACUCCCGGUUUUACGAACGAAAAGAAGGUGGACCAUUAUGUUAUCAUCCUUGAGGCAAGAUUAUUGUACACGAAGUCCUACGAGUUGUUCAAGAAAUACGCGACAUCUACGUCAACACCGAAGGCGCAAAGCCAGGGCCGACUCACCUUAUGGAUAGCGUAUCGAAUAGCCCAGACGUAUUAUGACUCGGGGAAGUUCGACAUGGCAGUUCGUUUCUUCGAACGCAUUGCGCGAACCUAUCGUAGGGAGAAAUGGGGGUCUAUGCUACGGCCAUUGCUCUCGACAUGGUACUCUUGUGCUCAGCGUUUAGAGGACGUCGAGCUCAGCGUCAAAUUGCUCAUAGAAAUGAUGGGAUACGACGUCACCGAUUCGGAAGAGCCUACGAGCUUGCAGGAGGAUUUGGUGGCAAUUCUGCGGAGCAGUGUUCCGUCGACCGAAGAUCAGGCCCUGGUUGUAGACCUCCCAGAAUCCCAGCCGAUAUUCGAUACCCAGAUGGUAUUUUGGUUGCCCGAAGUCAAAGUCGAUGAAUCCGCGGCAUUCCAGCUCUCACUCAGCGCUCCAUCGAACGUCGAUAUAUCAGAGCUACCCAUUAGUUCGUUGACUAUUCACUUUUCCGGAAGCAUCAAUCCAGUCGUGAUCAAACACGAUGGAGGAGCCGAGGAGGGAACGCUUUCUGGGAACAUUGCGAGAAUAGACAUCGGUACCAUUGCGAACCAGGAAUUGGAUUCGUCCUCUGAGACGGACGAAACAGUGGUCUCCGGGCAUUUGCGAUGGGGGAAAGGUAGUACGCUGACAAUAGCUGGAAGCAUACUGUCUUCUGCCCCGGGAACCUACCACGUCACAAAACUUGUCCUUGAAUUGCAAGAAGGGAGCUGGUCGAUUGUCGUACCGUUUGAACCCAAGGUCUCUCGGGCGUCGUCUCCCAAGGCGCCUCAUUGGCUUUGUUCUACACAGCCCCUGAAAUACAUCCAAAUUCAACGGGUCGAGUGUUCAUCAGUCGUCGUGAAGUAUCGGCCCCACAAUGUAGUGAUGACGCUGUCCCAUCAAGCCCCAGCGUAUCUAGAUGAGAGUUAUCCUAUUCCAAUCGAGGUGACCAACUCAGAUGACAAGGCACUGGAUAUCGUUAUGGACGUCUUACUUCAACCCGCAGAAAUUGAUGAUGCCAUCAGCUCCAUUUCAGUCGACGGGGAACAGUCUUCUGGCCUGAUUAGAAACGUUCAGUUUGGCACGCUUUCACCUGGAGUUUCCGCGGUCAAGGUCUUGCAUGUAGUCAGCACCGGAGCGCCAGGCGACAGGCUGGUCGAUGUCUCUAUCCAAUCGAAGCCCCCAGCUAAGCAUUGGCAGGACGAAUCGGAUGCAGAAGGAGAUUCCAGACUAGUAGAUCUUAGUGAAAUGCUGCAAACCAUAGCGAUCCCCACCGUGGCUCCGUUCAAAUACUCUUACGGUAUAUCAUAUCGGCACAGUAUAGCUGGACCAGCUGGGUUAGCUGACUUACGGACGUUCGAGAGUGAUUAUUGGGAUAGUAGCUCGGGUGGUGAGGCUGUUGUUUGCUUGAAUGUAGAGUUCAUUGGCCCGUGGCCCUUGACGAUCGAAUCGCUGGACCUUGUUCGUAAAAACAAUGUACGCGCAAGGAUCUUAGGCACCUUCGAUGACGCGAAUACUUUUCGAGGAGAAUACAUGCCCGGCGACGAGAUAUCGGAUACACGCCAAGUUAGCAUGAUAAUACCGAGAGAAAUGGAGCACGAGCUUGAGAGCAUAGAUGGUCCUGGGGAGUAUGUGAUACGUUGGCAUCGGUCGCAAUCAUCCCAAGACAUUGUAGCUCAACCAACUUCGACCACCAUCAUCCCUCUACCAUUCUUACGACCGCCCAGGGAGGAAUUGGUCGCUCUAAUGUCUGCACCUCCAACGGGGCAACUCCACACGCCAGUUCCCGUAACGCUGAGCAUCCGCAAUAACCAUCCAACCCGUUCUGCGAACAUAUUCGUGCAACUUGAACCUGAUCCAUCAGACGGCUUCGUUGUCGCGGGCGCACGGAGCGCCCGUCUUCCUAUCUUGAUGCCAGGCAGCGAAGAGAAGAUUACAUGGAAACUGAUACCGUUGGAAUGCGGCUACGUGAAGAUACCUCGAAUCAAGGUCAUAGAUAGACGCAAGGCCAUUGCCAGCGCGCAAGGUAUUGGUGGACCGAACGCGGAAAUCGAGACCGAGGGAGAGACCAUUAAGAUUAUUAAUGUUGCUUUGGACCGUAGGGGCGAACAGGGUGUCGAAGAGCCGCAGGCGAGGGCUAGUCGUGGAGCAGAUCCUGCACGGGAUGGGAUUGCAACAAUCUUCAUACUUCCAUGUACAUGA